AUGAUUUUCUUUGUUUCAAAAGGACUCUCUUUGCAUUCACAGUCCUUUCAUGCAUUCAUUCUUUCAUCUUUCUGUCUUUCUUCCCAUAGACAUUUUCUCUAUGAUUUUCCUACCUAUGUAUUUUCUUUCUUUCUUUCUUUCUUUCUUUCUUUCUUUCUUUCUAUUCAUUCAUCUUCCUUAUCCAACCUGUCCUAUCUCCAUCACUUCCUCUUCUUCUUCUUCUUCUUCUUCUUCUUUUCUUCUUCUUCUCCUAUUUCUUCUUCUACUUCUCCUCCUCCUCCUUCUUCUUCUUUUUCUUCUUCUUCUUUUCCUUCUUCUUAUCCUCGUCCUCCUCCUCCUUUUCCUCGUCCUCCUUAUCCUCGUCCUCGUCCUGGUCCUCCUCCUCCUCCUCCUCCUCCUUCUUCUUCUUCUUCUUCUUCUUCUUCUUCUCAUCCUCGUCCUCCUCCUCCUUUUCCUUAUCCUCGUCGUCGUGCUUCUUCUUCUUCUUUUUCUUCUUCUCAUACUCGUCCUCCUCUUCCUUUUCCUCGUCUUCAUUAUCCUCGUCGUCGUUGUCCUCCUCCUCCUCCUCCUUCUUCUUCUUCUUCUUCUUCUUCUUCUUCUCAUUUUCGUCCUCCUCCUCCUUUUCCUUAUCCUCGUCGUCGUCGUCGUCCUCGUCCUCCUUCUUCUUCUUUUUCUUCUUCUUCUUCUCAUUCUCGUCCUCCUCCUCCUUUUCCUUAUCCUCGUCGUCGUCGUCGUCCUCGUCCUUCUUCUUCUUCUUUUUCUUCUUCUCAUCCUCACCCCCCUCUUCCUUUUCCUCGUUUUUCUUAUCCUCGUCGUCGUCGUCGUCCUCCUCCUCCUCCUCCUCCUUCUUCUUCUUCUUCUUCUAUCACCAUCCUAAUCUUAUUUAUUUCACAGUUUUUUUGCCAUGUGUUUUAUAGCUUCGAUACCUUUUAUUUUACUUUCACAAUUCAUGUUAUCACUUUUUCAUUCUUAUUCAUUUUAUCAUCCGACCAUUUCCCUUUUCUACCCUUCUUUUUCUUCGUCUCUUUAUAUAAGCUCCUUCUGUCAUUACAAUUCUCGUUUCCUUUCAUAAUUCAAUAUUCAUCUCGUUUUCUUUUUUUUCUUCCCAUUCAUUGA